AAAAUGGAACCCGGUCAACGGCUUUUUCAACCCGGAAAGACUUGUGUUGCUAACUCAAUAUGUCCACGGCUAAUAGAUUAUAUUGUAAUUGUCGGUUCACGCCCCUCUACAUCUUCCAAACGUCGCCGUAUUCCAACUCAAAACGGCGUUGCUUCAGCUGAGGGCGGUUUAUUCAACAACGCACCUCCAGGGGGAUUAAUUAGCCAUCCAGAAUUAUUGAGAAGAUAUCCAAAUGAAAAUCAUAGAGAUUUUGAAUUACCCAGAGAUGUUGUUUAUUUUUGUCAGCCAGAAGGUGCUGUGUCUUACACAGGAUCUGGUUUUCAUCAAUUAAGAAAAAGAAAUUUAUUUAACGAGGCAACUUCUUUUGUUUUUAUGUUAACUGAAAAAGAUACUGCCAAGGUGCGCUAUGGAGUAACUUUGAGCUUCUUUCUUAGCCUUGGCGCAAAACAAAAAGAACAACAACAACCUAAUUCACCUACAGUUAUUACAAACAACACUACAAUAGAACAACAAAAACAACGUCAACACCACAAACAUUCAUCUAGUGGUUCUGCUCAUUUAAUAUCGCUAUGCUUGUUAAGUCAUCACCCCUUUCUUUCUGCAUUUCGCGACCUUAUGCACCUUUUUCGACAUCUUGCCGAUUGUUGCAAUUAUCGUGCCAACUUGGACGAAUCUUUGCCUCGAGAUGCUGUGUGGACUGUGUUGGCAGGACAUUGGCCUCAGGGAAUGAGCAUUCCUAUGCCUGUAAUGCAAGAAUUACGCCAAUUGGAAACUUGGCUGUUUACAUUGCUAAGUUCGCCUGUUCCCGUGCCUGGAAAUACAAAAUUAUUACUUGAAGUUCUUCCAUCUGAUAUGAUGCCCUCUCCGUUAGAAUUUGCCCUUCCUGAUUAUACCAGAUUUUCUUUGGUAGAUUUCCCGUUGCAUUUACCGCUUGAAUUGUUGGGGGUGGAGGCUGUUAUGCAAAUUCUAGCUGCAAUAAUGCUUGAAUAUAAGGUUGUUCUCCAAUCUCGUAACUACAACGCUGUUAGCAUGUGUGUUAUGGCUUUAGUAGCAAUGUUAUAUCCACUAGAAUAUAUGUUUCCGGUUAUUCCAUUAUUACCGGCAUUUAUGCCUUCUGCCGAACAAUUAUUACUUGCACCAACGCCUUUUAUUAUUGGACUGCCAGCCUCGUUCUUUCACUUUAAAGGCAUCCAAAUACCUAGCGAUGUUUUACUUGCUGAUUUGGACACAAAUCGGCUUAUAAUGCCGAGUGAUCAAUCUGUCCGUAUUCCCCAAUUCCCCGAGUAUGAGGCCUCCAUACUCAGAGAAGAAUUUCUUAGAGCUAUGGGAAAACACCCAACAGAAGGACAUGAACUAUUAGAAAACGGAAUUGUUAAUUCUACAAUGGAUGGGGACGAAAUUGAUGUAAAAUGUAGAGUUGCAAUGAUACAUUUUUAUAGCGGCCCCAAUGUUUUUGCUAAUUUUAGCGAGCACACCCGAACUAUCCGUUUAUAUCCAAGACCUGUGGUAGCGCUUCAAGUGGAUUCAUUUCUCCGCAGUCGUGGACAGAACAAUGAAUUUAUUUCAGAAUUGUGCAAAACACAAGCAGUCGAAUAUUUUGCUGAAUGUUCCCUCUGUCCCCCAAACGAGACUUAUGUGCGAAUACAAACAGGAGUAAUAAGUCCAGAGCAAAUAGGCGACAAAGCAAAAUGGUUUUCUGAUUCUUUAAUGCCUGUACACUUUAAUGCAUAUCCUUAUGGCUCAACACUUUCUGAAGCAAUCUUUUUAUCUCGAAUUGAUAAAAGUGAAAAUUUACUUGAAAGGAAUAAUUCCGAAAAUAUAGACGACGAUGCCGAAAGCGAAUUCGCUACAACAGCCACUUCAAGCGACUUAGAGUCUGUUGGCUCUGUUGAAACUGGAGGGGCUUGGUCACCUUUUGGAAGUCGUUCUCCUUUAAAUUUGGACAUAUCCAAACCUCUCUCUGAUGCUUGUGAUAUUUAUCAAGCCCCCAAUCGUUUGGAACUACCUAAAAGUGAAAGCAAAAUGAGUAUAGACAGUUCAGAUAUUAGUAGUUGUCGUUCUUCACCCCUUUCUGUAGUUGAUUCUGAAGCAGAUUUUGCUCGUCUAGCUCAAAACUUGGCUUUAAAAAGAAAUGCUAAAGGCGAUUUCACAUUUGCAAAUUCUGGUCACGCCACAGACGAAGAGACGACGACUGUAUGUGAAAAUUCCUCUUCAAUUUUAACGAAUGAUUCAACAACAUCUUUACCUCUAAAUGGAUCACAAUCUAAUUUAAGCUCUUCAUCUUCAACAAAAAAUAUUAAAAAUAAUAAUCGUCCACUUGCAAUAAUGAAUAAAGCAUUAAAUAGUGGGCAAGGGGUAUUUGAUCAAAUGAUGAAGAAAGGCGCUCCUAAGGCUGCACAAGCUAUGGCAAAAGCUCUCCCUCUUGCGGAAGCUGUCAGUAACCGAGUAAUGGAAGAAGGAAGAGGAUUAUUAAAUAGAACAGCAGCUAAACAUAGUAAUGAAUACAUUAAUGAUUCAAUGUCAAUUAAUAAUGAAGCUAUGGAAAGGUUGAGGAAAUUAAGGGAACGUGAAAAUGCUGCUGCUGCGCAACAACAAAGAAAAAGUCAACAACAAAUAUUAGAAAUUUGUGAACAAGUAAUUUCUGGACAGGGAAUAGGUGUAUUUUCUGGAUCAAAAGUAAAAAGAUUAUUGGAGGAUGAAAGUUUGAGGGAAUUGGUUUGUUCAAAAUUAAAUAUGGGAUUGGAAGUUAAUUAUGCUGAAGAUGAAUUUUUACAAGAUGUGCAACUUAGUCGAGCUCAAUAUCGUGGAUAUCUCAAAUUGUUACAAGCUUGUAUUAUUGGGCUAGAAAGCAAUUUCAACAUGGCAGACUCUCAAUUAGGCUUAGCCUCAGCUUUCCACGUCCUUGAAAUUGCCCAUACCCAUUAUUGGACACCUUUACAACAAUCACAAACACCUAGUGGAGGAGGAACUCUUAACAGUGUUACGGAUGGAAUAAAAAGCUUGUUAACCAGCCCCUCGGCCUCUUCCACCAAUUUGGCAGCUAUGAGCACUCCCUCAUCUGGCUCUUAUUGUGAGAAAAUUACUCCCUUACAAGAAAAUAUUAGUCCAAUCCCUAACGAGACAUCAUUAAUUUGCCAAGAGGAACAGAACGGUCAAAUUUCUACAGAAAAUUUGUAUAGCCAACAGAAUCAUCAAAAUGCUCAUCCUCCCCCACCCCCUAUUCCUUCUAAUCCUCCCCCACCUUCAAUUAGUCCUUUGCCUCAAACAACUCAAGAAAGGCAGGAAUCCCUCUCAACUGUAUACACAAUUCCCCCUCCAAAAUUUCCACCGCCUCCGUUGCCUAUGAGAGCGCCUCCUCUUCCACCACGAAAUGCACCUUUAACAAACACAGAAUCCACAUCUUCCUCUGAACUAUCCAAAGAUGAGGAAAACCAUCCCCAUCCUCAUCCUCCUCCCCCUACACAAUCGCCUCCUCCACUUCCGCAACGUCCAAGAAGUGCAACAAGUGAAACAGGAACUGGCAAAAAAGAUAAUAGAGAAAUGACACAAAAUAUAAAAAAUGAAGAAAAAAUUUCCUUAUCAACAAUUAAUUUAUUAAAUAAUUCUACACAUGAAAUUAAAGUUAAGGAUGCAGUUCACAUUGAAAAUAAACAAAAAGAAAAUAUUAAAAAUGUUGUAGAAGAAAAAAUAAAAGAACAAACAAAAGAAAAAACAUUAAGUCCCCCAACAACAUUAAAUUUAAAAACAUUGGAGGAGUUGCAUAGUAAUUCUGGUAAUACAACGUUGUCUACUAUUAAUGAUGUUCAACCACCUAGAAAUUUUCUUUAUCAGGAUUUGCUUGGAAGCCUUCCUACUUCUUCAAACGUCUCUUCAGCAAGUGGAGCAAAUAUGUUGUGGUUGCGCAUGCCUUUUUGGGAGACUGCUUUUUUAGAUAUAGUUGCGCAAGAACGAGAUAAAAUAGGGAUGGAUGAGGAACCUGCAGAAAUGAUUGACCGUUAUUCCCAAUUAAGUGAAGCAGACCGUAAAAGGUUGGAGCUUGAAGAGGAUAGAAUACUGGCUACAUUAUUGCAUAAUAUGACUGCUAUGAUGCAUUUAUGUCACGUCCCUGUACGUACUAUUCAACAAAAAGUUAGGCGUAUGCUUGGAAAGGCACACAUAGGCUUAAUUUACUCCAAGCGUAUUAACCAAUUAUUGGAUGAGCUUAUUACCUUGCCUCCAACCGGAAAAAUCCCCUUAAAACCGCUUGUAAGCAGGCUUAUCCAAAAACAAGUAUUUGCCGUUCAUGAAGGUUCAAAUGCUGAGGCUCCUUUGUGCUUUUUAGAGAUUUGUGAUGAUGCAAUUAUUUUACGUGCCUGUAACGGUGCAAUACAAGAACGUUGGUGGUAUGAAAGGAUGGUGAACAUGACUUAUUCACCUAAAGCUCGUGUUCUUUGUCUAUGGCAGCGACAUGAUGAUCAAUGCCGUCAGCUUUACAACGCCAUGAAAUCAGCAAUGGAGCGUGCUGCUUCUAGGGGAAAAUACCAAACUGCUGGGCGUGAUUUAGGAGGAGAAUUUCCAAUACACGAUGUUGAGAGAAAUGAGGGGGGAUUGCUGAAAGUUAGAAUUGAUGGAAUUCAAAUACAAUUUGUUAAUUCUCAAGAAUUGAUAGAACUUUCUAACAUAAAGAAAUGCAAUACUCUUGGUGGAAACAUGUUUGUAAUUGAAGAAUAUGACAGAAAACGUGGUCGACUAAUCCAAAGACGCUAUAUUUCCACAGCGGCUGAUCAAAUAUGCUAUUCAGUGCUUUGUAUAUUCUCCUUCACAGCUGCACAAAAAGGGGGAGACAAAAAUAAUAACAAAAAUACUAACCAAAAGCAUUACAAAACAACACCUACUAGUACAAAUACAAAUAGUUUACUGCCUUCUAAUAGAAGGGAAUAUUGCAAAACCGGUGGAAUUUUAAGUUAA